AUGGACCAUAAUAUUAUUGAAAAUGUAUCUCAUUUAAAAAAUGAUGAUUUUUAUAAUUUUGUUAAUGGACUAGUUGGACAACAACUUGUUGAUAAUUUAUGUUUUCAAUCAAUUACUUCUACACAAUCUCUCAUUCGAAACCCGAAUGUGUUUGAGAUUUUCAAUAUGAAUUGUUCUGAACCUGAUUUUUUAACAAUCAGAGAAAGAUCAUGUUUUCAACUUGAUAAUGGAAAAUAUAUUGUGAAAGUUGGAUUAUUAAAUAAUUUAAACUAUCUUUUAGACUUUUUGAAGCAACAACAACAAAACCUAAAUGUUAAAAAUGAUUCAAUUGAAAAAUAUCCUGGUUUAUCUUAUGAAUUUAUCAACAAGCAUCCAUUAUUGAAAACUUUAAUUGAUUGGUAUCUGUUAAUUGAUGAAGAUGAUAGAAUAUGUGAUGAUAAACAUCGAUUAAUAAAAGAAUUUAUUAAUGCAAUUAUCUAUAAUUUAACUAAACCAAGUAAUCAUUUUCGAUACAGUGAUAAUAUUAAAGAUUUUGCAUUGUCUUUAUAUAUUUUGGGAGGCAAGCUUACAUAUGAAUUUGUGAGGUUGAAUUUACCGGGUUCUUUACCAAAUUUAACAAUGUUACAUUCAUUAAUUUCAAAUUCAAAUUUGAAGAUUUCUGAAGCGGAAUUUCGAUUUGAUGAACUUCAAAACAAAUUGAAAAAUCUUAAUAUUCAAUAUGCAUUUGGUUCCGAAGACAUGACAAGUGUUAUUAAAAAAAUAAAAUAUGAUUCAAUAACAAAUACUUUCGUUGGGUUUCCUACACCACUUGCCCAUGGAAUACCAAUUAAAGAAUAUUAA